AUGGUUACUAUGUGGCAUCAACAAGUUUUUGCUCUUGAUGCUAAAUACAAUGCACAACGUGUAAACAAAUUACCCACUUUAGGAAUGCUUUAUAUUCGCCGCAGAAAUCAAUUAUUAAAGGAAAAAUUCAGUAAAAAUUCAAAAAUUAGAGAAAAUUAUUUUAGAUUGAGAGCAAGAUUGUUAUUUCUACGUUAUGGCGAAAAUUUAGAACAAAAUAGUUUUAAUAAUUAUACAACAGAAGAAGAAAGAUCAGAAAUUAAAACAAAACUUUAUAACAUACAACGAAAAUCGAUUGCAGAAAGUUUUGCAUUUGAUGGAGUGCAUCAUGUUUUUGAUCAACACAAUGCACCAGUAAUGAUGCUUAAAUUUGCAAAUAAUGAUAGAUCAAAGCUAUGUUGUGCAUCAUUAGAUGGAUUACUAUCUAUAUGUGAUGUUAUUAGUAUUCCUCCAAAAGUAAUAGCCUUAUUGGAAGGUCAUAAAAAAGGUGUUACUUCAUUAGAUUGGAGUAUCAGUAAUGAUCUUAUAGUUUCAUGUUCUUUGGAUGCCACAAUAAGACUUUGGAAUGUUUUGGAUACAGAAAACAAUCCAACUUGUUUAAGAGUUGUUAAUGAUCAACAGCAAGCAGAAGUUUUGUGUUGUGGAUUUAUACCUAUAAAUAAUAAUUUAGUUAUUGCUGGCAAUUCUCAGGGAUUUGUACAAAUUUUAAAUAUAUCUACUGGUAUAUAUAAUGGUUCUUACAAAAUUGGUGGAAAAAUUCUAUCAUUAACUUGUGAAGGUAGUGGUGGUUCAGUAAUAUGGGUUGGAAAUGAUAGAGGAAUUAUCAUGUCAUUUCAAUUAGAACCAGGAUCAGGUCGAUUAACAAAAUUAAAAAGAGUACAAGAAAUUGGUGGAAUGAUAAGUAGUCUUUCUUGGCGUUCAUGGCUUUCAAAAGAUGCUCCAUGGCCAGCACUUUUAGUGAGCAGUGCUUGUAAUAUAGUAUUGUUAUAUCAUAUUAUUGAUAAUCAAGGUUCUCUAUCUUUGUGGACAAAAUAUCCCAUAAAACAUAAACAAUAUUUUGUGAAAUCAACAUUUUGCCCACAAAUGGAAACAUGUUUAAUAGCUACUGGUUCUGAGGAUGGUACAAUACAUCUCUUAGAUUCAGCAAGAAAGGGCAAAGCAGCGAAAAUUAAUCGACUUCAAGGUCAUGCAACACCUACAAUUGCUUUAUCCUUUAAUUUUGAUGAAUCUCUUCUUGCUUCUGCAGAUUAUCAAGGACUUAUUAUUUUAUGGCGUAAUCGUCAACGUCAUAUAUAAAUUUUUAAUA